AUGCCCAAGGUCGUCCAAACUGCUCGGCCGCUUUACGAGAUCACCUCGCCUCUCUCCGCUCCACUGGCAGCGCUGCCGCAGGCGCUGUUUCCAAACGUGGAGGUGUCCACCAGUACUCAGUUGCUGCUUCUCACGUGGGCACGCUGGGGUCGCAACGCCUGCCGCAUCAAGCGGGAAGAGACGAUCAAAGAGAUGCAGCACAGGCGCUUCCCAAGAAGCCCUCCGCCAAAGCCUGUGCCGCUGUCUCCGCAGCCCACACCGCGAGCUCCGCCCAGAGGUGAAUCCCCUGCCGAGUCGGCUGCCGAGUCGCCCUCACGCCUUGCCGGCGCUGCAGCUUGGCGCGCCGGCGGCCAACUAGGCAUGGGCACCACGGUGCACUCCCGCGAAGGCGGGAGUCCCGGGCGUGCGGCCUUUGACCUCGCGGACCUCCGAGAGGAGCAGCGGGACUCCAUGGCUGAGCAGGGCGCCAGGAUGAAGCUCACACGGGGGCUCGGUGGCAGUGCUGCCCAAGCACACAGCCGCGGAACGCCUGGCUUCGGCCUUGACACGCCGGGCUUCCCGGGGGCCAGCGGCGCUGCCUCGGCGGAUGCCUCCGUAGCCAGCUCCGGGGUGGCCUCGCCAGUCACGAAGGGCGGACAGAUGUCCCCGUGGCUGCUAGAGGCCGAGGCGCUCUGUGAAGAGGAGACAGAGGACGAAGGCUCACCCGGUGGAGGCGGCUGGGGCUUCGAGCCUGAGACUGACACGCUUCUCAUGCUCGAGCAGGAGAUCCUCGGAAAACGAGGCACCACACAGGCUCCAGUGAAGGAUCAGCAGGAGGAGGACAAGCCAGUCUUGGAUGAAGAUGAGCUUGAACGCGUGGAAGUGUUUGAGGAGAGCCCGACCAAGAAGAACGUUCAGGGAGCGUCAGACCGACUUCAACAAUUGGCUGAGCCUCGACCGCCGCAGGAGCCUUCCUACUCAGCAUUUGAGUAUGUCGUUGGGGAGAAAGUGUCCUACUACUCCUCCUCCCACGGAGCAUGGAUGCCAGCUCGCAUUGUGGAGAGGAAGAGCAGGACUGUCUACAUCAUAGACAAGCAGAUGCGGGGUUGCCUGGCCAAGGUGCGUGCUUCAGAACUUGUGUCAGAAGCGGAAGAACGGACCAACCACGUUCUACGUGCUUUCACUGUGCUGGAGACGCGGCAGCGACCGUCGAGUGCCAUGUCAAGCACCCGAGCAAGCUCCCGGCCACAGUCUCCCGCACCUGCAGCAACAAAGCUUCCAGUGAGCCGAGGAAAGAUUGUGAGGCACGAUUUCAGCGACGAUGAGGAUGAUUGA